AUGACAACAACUGCAGAUAAAAUCAUAUUGAAUGACUGGGGAGUGACUUACACUUCUACUCACAUCUGUGCCUUAAAAGGAUCAACAGUGGACAUAAACUGCACCUACAGAUACCCAUCCAGGAUAAAUAAUGUUAAUACUACAGUUGAUGAAACAUUCUGGUUUACUAAAGAGAGGAUUAAUGAACAUGUGGAUCUGAAAACAGACUCAGAGUACGCAGGUCGUGUGCAGUAUCACUGUGAUAAGAACGACUGCACUCUGAGAAUCACAGACCUGAGAGAGAGAGACUCAGCUGAGUACAAGUUCAGGUUCAUAACAAACCAACCAGGAGGGAAAUAUACUGGUGUACCUGGAGUCACUUUGACUGUCAGAGAUCUCCAGGUGAAGGUGAUCCCAUCAACAAUCAAUCCUUCCUCAGCAGAGCUGAAGUGUCACAGCAGCUGUCGUCUGCCUGAUCAUUCUUCAUUCAUUUGGUACAACAAUGGACAGAAUAUUAGUGGAGAAACAUCUUCUUCCUAUACAACCAAUGUCAAUCAUACAGACAGCUAUUCCUGUGCUGUUACAGGAUAUGAGGAUUUCCCCUCUCCUACAGUUUAUGCUCCAAAGCUUCCCUCUGUGUCAGUGAGUCCCUCUGGUGAAAUCAUUGAGGGCAGUUCAGUGACUCUGACCUGUAGCAGUGACGCUAACCCAGCAGCUAAAUACAUCUGGUACAAGAAGAAUGUAAAUCCAGACCUUCAACCUCUCAGUAAAGAACCACAGCUUGUCUUCAGCUCCAUCCAGUCCUCUGACUCUGGAGAGUAUUACUGUACAGCUGAGAACCAGCUGGGGAAGAGGACAUCUGAAUACAUCUUUAUUGAUGUGAAAUAUGCUCCAAAACUUCCUUCUGUGUCAGUGAGUGCCUCUGCUGAGAUAGUGGAGGGCAGUUCAGUGACCCUGACCUGUAGCAGUGAUGCUAACCCAGCAGCUAAUUACACUUGGUACAAGGAGAACCAAACACUGCUUCAAAUGUCAGAGGGACAUUUUCAUUUCACCUCCAUCAGCUCUGAGGACAGAGGGAUCUACUACUGCAAGUCUGAGAAUAAAUAUGGACUUAUCAACUCUUCAUUUCUAUUCAUUGAUGUCCAGUAUGGUCCAAAGCUUCCCUCUGUGUCAGUGAGUCCCUCUGCUGAGAUAGUGGAGGGCAGUUCAGUGACUCUGACCUGUAGCAGUGAUGCUAACCCAGCAGCUAAUUACACCUGGUACAAGAAGAAUGCAAAUCCAGACCUUCAACCUCUCAGUAAAGAACCACAGCUUGUCUUCAGCUCCAUCCAGUCCUCUGACUCUGGAGAGUAUUACUGUACAGCUGAGAACCAGCUGGGGAAGAGGACAUCGGAAUAUAUUUUUAUUGAUGUGAAAUAUGGUCCAAAGCUUCCCUCUGUGUCAGUGAGUCCCUCUGAUGAAAUCAUUGAGGGCAGUUCAGUGACUCUGACCUGUAGCAGUGAUGCUAACCCAGCAGCUAAUUACACCUGGUACAAGGAGAAUGAAGACUCACCAAAAGCAUCAGGACAGAUCUUCACCAUCACCAAUGUCAGAGCUGAACACAGUGGGAAUUAUUCCUGUGAAGCCCAGAACAGAAUAGGCAGUCAUAACACCACCUUACAUCUGGCUGUUAUGAAAGGGAAAUCAGUAUUUAUGAUGAUCAUCAUUGUGUUGACUCUGGCGGUCCUGAUACUGAUUCCUCUGCUUCUCUUGAUUAUGUGGAUGAGGAAGAAGAAAGCUCUGAGCUCCAUGACUGAUCUGAAUCAACCUAUAGAGACUAUAAAGUUGGUCUCUUGUCCUGUGUAUGAGAACGUCUCAGACUCGCAGGUCAACACUGGAGCAGAGACAUAUGACGAAGAGGACUACGGAAAUCUGAAGUAA